AUGGGAGAUGAUAAAUCGCACGAGUAUACCACAACGAUUGAUCCGUCUACCGAUGGUAGUCAGCGAAGAGCCAGGAAUAGACUUAUCAUAACGUUAAAAGAAUUAAAGAUGGUCAAUUCACACUGA